AGGUGUGCUCUUGUGCGCAGGUGUACCUGUGGUUUAAAAUCAAGGUCUCUGCAGACGUUUGUCAAGUCAGAGAUGUUUUGUGAGAAAGCUAGUCCCGCCAGGCCUGCUGUUCAGAAUAUUUUGAAUAACCAUGGUGAUCUACACAGUGAAGACAUACACAGGCAAUUGGGCCUUUGCUGGCACAAUGAGCUACAUAUCCAUUCAACUUCAAGGUGUCAAGGGCGAGAGUCAUGAAAUAUGUCUAGAUGGGAGUCUUUUCUCUGCGGGCUGUUAUCAAGGAUUAGAGCAUACGUUUGAGGUACAGUUGCCAGAGGCCGUGGGGGAGCUCAUACUUGUCAAACUCCACUCCAAGCCAUUUUUGCAUGUUAACAACCAGUGGUUUUGCGAUAAGAUUGUGAUUACAACACCUGAAGGUGAUGAGAUUGUGUUCCCUUGCUACAGUUGGCUGGCCUGUAAUGAGAGCCUUGUUCUAAGACCUGCCAAAGCUUUGUUUGUGUUCCAGGAGACCAACAAAGUGGCCAAUGAACAAAGGAGGAAGCAGCUAGAACAUCGACAGGAUACAUACAGGUGGCAUGUGUACGAUGAGGACAUGCCCCGCAUUACCAAGUUUGAUUCUCCCUUUGCUCUGCCCGCUGAACUCCAGUUCUCGUUCACAAAGGAAAUUGAGAUUCUCUUCACCGGAGGAAAGCAGUUAGCUCUUCUGCAGCUAAAUGGAUUAGCUCGUUGCAGAGAUUCAUGGAAAAGCAUCAAAGAACUGGAUGACCUCAUUUGCGGAAUCAGAAACGAAACCUUGGAAUAUGUUAGGAAGAACUGGGAUAAGGACGAGUUCUUUGGCUACCAGUUCCUGAAUGGCCUCAACCCCAUGAUGAUCCAGCGCUGCUCAAAGCUGCCCGAUAACUUUCCUGUCACACAGGAGAUGGUCAACGGCUUUCUUGGAAAAAGCACCUUGGAGUCUGAAAUACAAAAAGGGAACAUCUUCCUGUGCGACUACAAGAUGCUGGAUGGAGUCACAGGAAACGUGGUCAAGGGCGUGCAGCAGUUCCUCACCGCUCCCCUGGUGCUGCUCCACCUGAACCACCAUGGCCUGAUGCUGCCCAUCGCCAUACAGCUAGGGCAAAAGGCUGGACCUGAGAACCCCAUCUUCCUGCCCAUUGACUCCAAGCAUGACUGGCUGCUGGCGAAGGUCUGUGUACGGGCCGCGGAGUACUGUGCACAAGAGGUCGACUUCCACCUGCUGAGAACUCACGUCCUGGCUGAAGUGUUCACCAUGGCAACAUUGCGGAACCUCCCCUCCGUACACCCCCUUUACAAGCUCCUCAUUCCCCAUACUCGUUACACACUCCACAUCAAUAUUAUGGCACGAAAUCUGCUGAUUACCGAGGAGGGAGUCUUUGCCAGGUUGCUGCGGCGUGCCACCUCCUCCCUGACCUACAGCUCCCUCUGUCUGCCUGAGAACAUCUCUGAGAGAGGCCUGGAGGACGUUCCCAACUACUACUACAGAGAUGACGGCAGAGAACUGUGGAACAUCAUCUACAAGUAUGUUGAAGGAGUCGUGCAACAUUACUACACAUCUGAUGAGCAUGUGCAGAAGGAUACAGAACUGCAGAGCUGGAUCAGAGAGAUUUUCACCAACGGAUUCCUGGGAAGGAGCAGCACAGGAAUACCUGAGUCUUUUCAAAGAGUGGACGAUCUCCUCAAAUUUGUUACCAUGGUGAUCUUCACUUCAUCAGCCCAACAUUCUGCUCUCAACAAUGGACAGUUUGACUAUGGCGGCUGGAUGCCCAACUACCCCACUGCCCUCAGAAAGCCUCCUCCUAAGGAGAAAGGCCAGACCACGAUGAACACCAUCCUGGAGACCUUACCUAAUGUGAGCACAACGGUGAAUAGCAUGGCCAUCCUGAAAGUGCUCAGCGUAAAUUCAACAGACCAUUACCCUCUUGGAUGUUUCCCAGAAGAACUGUUUGAUGAGGAAGUUCCUUGCCGUUGCAUCAAGGAUUUUCAGGAGCAGCUGAAGUUGUUGUCUGAUCGAAUUGAGGAGCGCAACAAGACGCUGAAGCAUCCCUACACCUAUCUAAACCCCAAAAAUGUGGACAACAGCGUGUCCCUUUAAAAGGAUACAAAAGUUCUUCUUUAGUUUAGUCUUUUCUAUAAAUAAUCUUGGCAAUGAAAACAAA